AUGAUAACAAAUUUAUUUUCUGUAUUCGACCCGUCAGCAAUUUUUAACUUAUCAUUAAAUUGAUUAAGAACAUUUUUAGGACUUUUAAUAAUUCCAUCAAUUUAUUGAUUAAUACCAUCUCGAUUUAAUAUUUUUUGAAAUUCAAUUUUACAAACUUUACAUAAAGAAUUUAAAACACUAUUAGGACCUUCAGGUCAUAAUGGUUCAACAUUUAUUUUUAUUUCAUUAUUUUCUUUAAUUUUAUUUAAUAAUUUCAUAGGAUUAUUCCCAUAUAUUUUUACGAGAACAAGUCACUUAACUCUAACUCUUUCUUUAGCUUUACCUUUAUGAUUAUGUUUUAUACUUUAUGGUUGAAUUAAUCAUACACAACAUAUAUUUGCCCACUUAGUACCCCAAGGAACACCAGCUGUUUUAAUACCAUUUAUAGUAUGUAUUGAAACUAUUAGAAAUGUAAUUCGACCUGGAACUUUAGCUGUUCGAUUAACAGCUAAUAUAAUUGCAGGACACUUAUUAUUAACUUUACUAGGAAAUACUGGUCCUUCUAUAUCAUAUUUCUUAGUAACAUUUCUAUUAAUUGCUCAAAUUGCUUUAUUAGUUCUUGAAUCAGCUGUUGCUAUAAUUCAAUCUUAUGUAUUUGCUGUAUUAAGUACUUUAUAUUCUAGAGAAGUAAAUUAA